AUGGACAAUGACCAGUUUUUUAAUUACUUUGAAAAGAAAAUGAUUUCUAUUUUCACAGGAUACUACAUGUACAUCGAGACGUCUUCUCCCAAAGUCCCUGGUGAUAGCGCAAAGCUUACGUUUUCUGUACCUGGCAAUAAACAGCUGUCCUGCCUCAAGUUCUUUUAUCACAUGUAUGGUGACACCAUAGAGACUCUAACAGUCUUUAGCGGAAAUUCGGUGGUAUUCGAAGCUUUAGGAAACCAUGGCAACAGCUGGAAAGAAGCCAAAAUAAACAUUUAUUUGGAUUACGACGUGACAUUUGAAGGAAUCAGAGGAUCGUCUUUCACUGGUGACAUAGCCAUAGAUGAUGUAUCUAUUAGCAGUGGAAGCUGCUUUGGUCAGACGGCAGCACCUCCAACUUUUCCGACGGGAUCAACAUAUGCUCCUUCUAGUCUGCCUCCUAACUCAACAAGUUCAUCCACUGACGAGCCGUCCGUGCCUCCAACUACAGCAACAUAUGAUCCUUCAUCUGGUUUGCCUUCUAGUUUCCCUUCAAACUCAACUACUUCAUCCGCUCAUAAGCCGUCUGCUUCUCCAACUAGCUUACCAGCAGGCUGUUCAGAUAAGCCAGGAUUCCUGAAUUGUGCUUCUCUUCCUCAUUAUGGCAAUUUUUGCAUAGUCCAUUCCAACUGGACGAAAGAGUAUUGCGCCAAGUCAUGUGGAUUUUGUGGAGUUGAUUGUUCUGACAACCCUCAGUUCGCUGCUGUAUGCUCAAGUCUUUCAUUGUUCGGGGAUGCCUGUGUUACUCAGUUAAACUGGACGAUGGAAAAUUGUCGAAGGUCAUGUGGUUUCUGUAUAGAUGAUCAAGAUAAUCCUCCAACUGACCUUGACCUUGACCUUGACCUUGCUACUCAAACGCCAUCAAACGAGUCAAUUCAAGAGUCAGUUAUGUUAGAAAUUGGAGGUCUGGAUAUGACGAAGAAAGCAAAUUAUGACUAA